AUGUGCAUUCCGUUUCCCGUCCCAGCUGUCAACUCGAACUCUUGUAUCUGCUCUUGGUUCCUCGAAUUCCCUCUGUACCAGCUCUCUCUGCCAUUCUCUCCCAACCACCUAUCGCGUUUUCUCCCAACACCCAGCCAUCGCCUCUACCUUUUACCCCCAGUCGCCCCUCCCUCCUACCCCCCCGUCGCCAUUCCCCCCCAUCCCGCCGUCAUUCCCCCCCAUCCCGCCGUCACCUCUCCCUCCCAUCCCGCCACCUCUCACCCCGCCGUCGCCUCUCACUCCCACCCCCCUGUCGCCUCUCCCUCACACCCCGCCAUCGCCCACUCCCUCCCACCCCACCGUCGCGACUCCCUCCCAUCCUGCCGCCGCCUCUUCUCCCAUACCGCCGUCGCCUCUCCCUCCAUCCCGCCAUCGCCCCGCCUCCAUCCCGCCGUCGCCUCCCCUCCAUCCCGCCGUCGCCUCUCCCUCCUCCCCCGCCGUCGCCUCUCCCUCCUCCCCCGCCGUCGCCUCUCCCUCCCCCCCGCCGUCGCCUCUCCCUCCUCCCCGCCGUCGCCUCUCCCUCCUCCCCGCCGUCGCCUCUCCCUCCUCCCCGCCGUCGCCUCCGGCGACAGUUUUGUGUGUCAAUUGGUCUCCUCUUGCAUUGCACUUUCAUUUGACGAAGGGGAGAGACGGAGCGCGAGGGAGAGCGUGUGCACGGGAGCGAACGCGCAGGAGAGAGCGCAGGAGAGAGCGCGCGAGAGAACGUGUGAGAGGGCGCGUGAGAGAGCGGAGGAGAGAGCGCGUGAGGGAGCGCGCGAGAGAACGCGUGAGAGAGCGCGUGAGAGAGCGCGUGAGGGUGCGCGUGAGGGUGCGCAUGAGAGAGCGCGUGAGAGAGCGCGUGAGGUUGCGUAUGAGAGAGCGCGUGAGAGAGAGCGUGAGAGAGCGUGA